CAUACUGCAUCUCCAAUCACUAUUAGAAAAUGGGUGACGUAGCGAUGGAUGGGAUUAUACAUUGGCAUUGUGAUCGUCCCCGAAAAGUCCUACAGCAACAAAUUACGAAUACUGAAGAAACAUCUAAAUCUAAGGAUUUGGACUUUGUUUAUGAUGAUGCAGAUAAACAUGCCAAUGAAAUUGCAGAGUUAUACAGCUACACAGAGCAAUCUGAGUUAAUCAAUAACCUUACAGAAUUUGAAGAGCAAAUGCAUUUAUAUAAAUUAAGACCAUGGUGGCAACAUUUAUCACAGGCUCAACAAAAAUCUGUAAUUUAUAAAUUAUUAGAUCAGUUAGAAGUUUCUAACAAACAAUUGAGGAUGAAGGCAGCUAGGAGUAUUCUGUAUUUGGCCCAAGGUUGUUGGGCUGAAGUACAAUCUGACGAAGAACAACGAGAAUGGACCAGAACAAAUGUUAUGUUAUUAUAUGAAGCUGGAGUUUUCCCAGCAUUUGUUGAACUUCUUAAUAUCGAAAUUACAAAUAGUAGGAGAGCUGCUUCUGCAAUGAGAAAAAUAUCUGUCAGUCUUGACGAUUCCACUGAUUUAAGAGUAAUUUUAUCUGUUCUAUAUAUCAUGACAGAAGUAAUGAGGGAAGAAAUGAAAAAUUUAGAGCACAGUAUUUAUAAGAAUAAUGUUGAAUCUUUCAAAGAAGAUUUAAUAAAUCCAUAUGGUGAAGAAUUGCUAAUAGUUAAACUUCUUGGUAUGGUAACAUACUUCUGCAGUGGAUCUGCUCCACAUUUUCCAAUGAAAAAAGUUCUUUUGCUGAUAUGGAAGUUAAUCUUAGUAUCAUUGGGUGGUAUUAAUACAUUAAGAGAAUUAAAGAAACAGUAUCGUGAAGAAGCUGGUCUUGAUACACAACAAGAAGAUACUUUAGAAGUUGCUAAGACUAUGAGAGCUAGCACUCCUCCUGCCACUGCAACAGAUUUGAUUGAAACACAAAAUCAGAAAAAGAAUCAUAAAUCUUAUCGACGAUUUCUAAUAAAACAAAGUUCAUUGGAUGAACCAGGUAUGGAAGUGGAAUAUGAUGGUACAGAAAUGGGAAACAGUACUGUGAAUAACGAAGGUGAAGGAGAAGUAAAUGUAUUUAUGAAUCAAGCAGGUUUGCAAACUUAUUGUCAAAAUGAAAAUAAUCAACCACAAAUAAGACCUGAUACUCCACAACUUACAAAAGGAAAAAGUUUACCAUGGACACCAAAGGUUAGACAAAAGGAUGUGGACACUUUUCUUGAGAUAUCAAGACUAAAAUUUGUUGGUUACAACUUAGUUGGAGACAGACAAAGUUUAGCUGGUUUACCACAACCAAUACUUGAAAGUAUUAAUACACUUAAAAAGCAUAUGUAUACAUCUUUAGCUGAUGUGCAAGUUGAAAAAGAGAUACAAAUGCAAAGAAAUCCUAUAAGUACUCCAAGGUUUCCAAUUCGUCAAACGCCAACAGAAAUUGUAUAUCAUGCUAUAUUACCAUUUGUUCCACAAUAUAUGAUUGCAUUACUCAAGAUUUUAUUAGCAGCUGCUCCUACUACUAAAGCUAAAACAGACACUACUAAUAUCAUGGCUGAUGUUUUACCAGGUCAAAUGCCCAUGACUGUUUUUCAGUCAAUGAGACUUGGUAUUGAUGUAAACAGACAUAAAGAAAUCAUUGUUAAAGCAGUAUCUGCUAUAUUACUUCUUUUAUUGAAACACUUUAAAUUAAACCACAUUUAUCAAUUUGAAUUUAUGUCACAACAUCUAGUAUUUGCAAACUGCAUACCACUUGUUUUAAAAUUUCUAAAUCAAGACAUUUUAGCUUACAUUAAAGCUAAGAACGUUAUUCCUGCCUUGGAUUUUCCUAUGUCUGUUAUUGGAGAACAACCAGAUAUGACUCUGGAUAAUCUUGAAACUGGAAAUGAUCUGCCAUAUUUAUGGAGAAAUGUCUUUUCUUGUAUUAAUUUAUUACGUAUUCUUAACAAACUGACGAAAUGGAAGCAUAGUAGAAUUAUGAUGUUAGUCGUCUUUAAGUCGGCACCCAUAUUGAAACGUACAUUAAAAGUUAGACAUGCAAUGAUGCAAUUAUAUGUCUUAAAAUUAUUGAAAAUGCAAACCAGAUACUUAGGACGUCAAUGGCGUAAAACUAAUAUGAACACAAUCAGUGCAAUUUAUGCAAAAGUUCGACAUCGUUUGAAUGAUGAUUGGGCUUACGGCAAUGAUCUAGAAGCACGCCCUUGGGAUUUUCAAGUAGACGAGUGCGUACUACGUUCUAGCGUUGAUCGAUUCAAUAAUCUACGCUAUACUAAUAUUCCUAAAGAUAAAGAUAUGGAACCUGUUGACAAUUCUGUUACAUCGGUACUUGGAUUAAAUGUGGAAUUAAGCGACGAAUUUAAAGAACACUAUGAAUUAUGGUUACAGCAAGAAGUAUUUCAGAGGAGUAUUAAUUGGGACGAAUUAUUGGAUCCUGAAGCGUGUGAAAUUUAAAUUUUUAAUAAGUGUAAUAUAAUAUAUAUAUAUACAUAUAUAUACAUUAAAACCGUAUUUUCGUCAACUCAUAGACCUGGAUCAAAUUUUGACGUUUUUAUAAAUUAUAUACUAUUGUGAAGUGUUCAAAAAAAACAUUGCCAUAUCGAUGCAUUGGAAACUGAAUUCGUAUUUGGUUUGUAUACAUUGAACAGUGGAUGGUCCUAAUCUAACGAACGUUUAACGAAAAGACUAGUGACGUUUAAAUGAUGGUUUAUGAGAUAAUGUGUAACUUUUUUACAUUUGUUUGUGUGUAUUUAAUUCGUUUAAUGUAUAUUGCUUCUAGCAAUAUUUUAUUACUACUAUUAUAGUUGUAAGUGAAUAUAUAUAAUCGUCUCUGGCGUUAUUAUGAAGGACUAGGAUAAAUUUAUUCAAAUAUAUGGUUCUUACUGUUCGCAUUCAUAUUAUCUAAGUUUCUGUAAA